AACAUAUACGUAUGUGUGUAAGACACGUUUAGUGCGUUUAAUUAAUGAUAGCAAUUAAAAAAGAACUGCACGUGUUUUGCCUACUGGUUGUGCCUAGAACCGGCUUGAGUUUAUUUUUAGCAGUUUGCUGGCCCUUGGUGAGACGCUUCGCUUGCUUGGAUAAGCAAAAAAUAUAUAACCAAAGCUCAUUAGUCGGAGCUAUACAAGAUGUUGGGCAUGUUCUUUGACGAGGGAAUUAUGCUGGGUGUCAACAUGGAGCACAACAUCAUCUACGAAUUGGCAGAUCGCAUUUAUUGCGCCAGCAGCAGAUCUGCUAGGGAGCGGCAGCUGCUACUGGAGCUGAGCAGCGUGAAAUUUGCCAACGUCGCUCAAGCGCUUGAGCUGCUUUGCCGCAAAUUUGAGCAUGUGCCGCAGGUGGAGCUGCUGCUGGCUGGCGAGGAUCAGCAGGGACUUUAUUUGUUUGCCAUCAAGUCUUACGGCACCUACUCGCGCGUUAGCUACAGCGCGUAUGGCGCUCUGGCCACAAAGCACUUGCAACAGCACUGGACACCCUUUCUGAGUAACAAGCAGGCAGAGCAGUUGGCACAUGAGGCUUUGAAUUUGAGCAUGGGGCAGCAGCAGUGCCGCCAUGACUUGUGCUUUAUGUUCAAGCUCAAGCCGAGGCUGUAGCCAGAUCAAGUAAAUUGUUAUAUUUAGCUACAAGUCCUUGCGCUUAAUAAACUCGCUUAAUGCUACGCUCGCAUCCCUGCUGCGCCUAGAUGACUAUCGUAAU